AUGGAUGGAAUCAAAUAUGCAGUAUUUACAGACAAAAGUAUUCGGUUAUUGGGGAAAAAUCAAUAUACUUCUAAUGUCGAAUCAGGAUCAACUAGGACAGAAAUAAAACAUUGGGUCGAACUCUUCUUUGGUGUCAAGGUAAUAGCUAUGAAUAGUCAUCGACUUCCGGGAAAGAGUAGAAGAAUGGGACCUAUUAUGGGACAUACAAUGCAUUACAAACGUAUGAUCAUUACGCUUCAACCGGGUUAUUCUAUUCCACCUCUUAGAAAGAAAAGAACUUAA